AAACCUGAAGGGCAGAAAUGGGCGUUUGGAGUCAGUAUUCCUAGACAGCGGUUUAGGAAGAGAAAAGAGCAUGUAAUUGACACCGACCUGCAACACCAAUAUCGCAUAUAAUUGAAUUGUCUUUAUUUACGUAAUAGCUAAGAUACGGUGAUUGCUAUUAAGUAACGCACUGUUUCAUUUUGCAUUAAUAUAGCGUAGUUGAAUUGAACUACGAUAUAACUUGACAGUUAUAUGACUUCCUUCCGUUUGUUUGAUGCCUGUUCAUGGUUGCUAUGGAAUUUAAUUGAUCGGGAAGCCUGUCAAUACAUCUUUUUCUACAAUGCGUAAAAAUGUCAAACGCGGAAUGGUUCUAUCCCAGUCUUAACAAUGUGAGCAUUAUUUUUUUCACAAAAGCUUUUGGCCCUAGACGUCAUUUAUGUGUCAAAAAGGCAACCAACGAUGGCAUCGAAGCGUGAAAUAUGAGCAAAUAACGUAAUAAAAUCAACAAAUAACAUCUCCACGUUUACAAAGAAUCAGCACGAUUGAAAGUACGUGUGUUUGAAAACGUUUCUGUUUCAAAAGUUGACACCAUUUUUAACGACAUAUCAUGCGUUUAAUCACGUUCGUGGCGCUGUUUGCGAAGCAGUAAUUCCAUCUCUUAAGUUUCCUUUAGUAUUAAUCUAUUGAUACGCUCUCAACUCUGCCAUUUGAAGCCGGAUUCCUUUUGCUUUGUCACUAUAGUGAUGACUUAGCAAUUUAAGAAGGGGAAUGGUACUUCAACUGUAGUAUACACAACUGAACCAGGCCUUGUCGAUAUCACCAGAAGUUAAGCACAUUAUUGACCCCAACCAAACUGAAGUGCAGUGACAUGUUAGACUUCCGCUCUAAAGACGCUGGAGCAGUAGACCUGUUAAACAAGACAUUCGUCCAUAAAUGCUAAUUACUGACAUUUGUGCCUUGCCCUUAAUAAAGCAGUGAUAGUAAUUAAGUCAAACGUGACAUGCGUUUUGUUAACUCUACAACCCGGUGACGCAUGAUUUUGAGUUGGGUGACUUUUGAGUCUCGCCGAUUUCCUCAGUAACACUCAGUGUUCAUUACAUAUCAUCAUAUCAUCUGAGCUAUCUCGUUAGCAUCCGUCUAAGGUACUUACAUGAAGUGAAAUUGACGCCUUUGUUAUGACACUUGACGUCUGCGUUAAUUAUAUGCGACGUCGUGGUAACAAGUAAACAUUAUUUUUUCUCUGGCGUUGGUUAAGCAGAACUAAAUUUAAUUUGAUUUCCUGCCCCUGUCACGAAAAGGGUCGAACAAUAACGGUGUGCUGAGUCAUAGGAUUGAACAUCACGAUACAUGUACUGACUUGAAGGCGACUUUCGACUCUUCAGCCAGGACAGACAACUUUUGAAAAGCCGUAAACUUGAAAAGAUUAAAUAUGGCAGCGGAUGGUUUAGUCGCUUCGCUGCCCUCAAUUGAUCCUGACAAUGAUUUCGAUGGUAGCGAAUUCUCGCCUGUAGACGAGCAAACUGAAAGUAAGACUUGCUUUGACCAAAGUCUGAUCUGGGAAGUUGCAGUACACCAAGAGUUCCUUGAACCAGAGAUUGUAAGAGCGAAGAGUGUUAGUCCACACCGCAAAGUCAAAGUUCCAAGUACAUCAACACAGACCGGCAAAACCAGGCGGGGUGAAGAUAAACAUCUGAGUACAGAACACGCUCAACUUCGGCAACAGAAUAUGAACAGAUCUGGAGUACCAAACCGUAUGUCUUUAAAAACUCCUUGUCGAGAUUCAGGUAAUUUGUCAAGGAACAGUGAAUUCGAGCUUCCAUCCAUCCCAGUUCAAUCAAAACGACAAAGGGCCCUGACUGAACCUUAUCUGUUGUCUUCUUUGAAUGAAGGAGUUGACUUCGUAGAAGGCGAUGUGUUUCGUAAGAACCUGAGUUUAAUGUAUCGUCAAGGUAGAGAAGUGAGAAAACUGGAGUAUGAUAACACGGCAUCGAGAAGAACUUUACAGGAAGCACACGACAUGAUAGGAGAUCUCAAAGCCAAGAUUGAAAAGAGAAAUAAAUUCAUCAGAGAGAGGAACAAGAAAGAAGGAGACAUCGCUCAUGUUGUUGAAACUUUAAAAAGGGAAAAGGACGAAAAGCUCUUAGAAUACAAAACGAUACAAAAACGAAUGACUGAGGCACUGGCGCUCAAAGACAAAAAUCUUGAAGAUAUUGAAGCAGAGAGGACACAGGCUGAGAGUCUUUAUCAAAAACAGUUAAAAGACAACACUGAACUGAUGAGAAAAAUUGAAGCAAGGGAGAAACAAAUCAAGCAACUGAAAGACAAGACAGAAAAAGCAAAAAAAUGGAAAGAUAACGCAAGAAGCUAACUUAAUUACAGUCAAUGAAACAGCUGCUCCAAUCAUUUGGGUGGUUAAGGUUUUCAAUGAUUUAAAGAGCAGUUCGAGACGGUCACCAGUUCAUCAAAUUGGAAUUAGGGGGUUUUUGUUAAAGGAACAAUCAAGUUCGAGUCAGCCAUUUGCAAUCCUUAGUAAUUCUCUCCAAACUAAGCCAUCCUUGUUCCUUCUCGGUGAAUGAUUUCUUCUGUUAUAUUCCUAUCUUACUGAACUGAUAUUUUAGUGGUCUCGGCCAUCAUGUUGGAGGGUAUAGGUGGCUCUGAACGUUGCAAAGAAUGACUGAAAAUAUUGUGACACUGGUUCCUAAUAAUCGAUGAUUUAUGCAUAACUGUUCCGCAAAAUAACAAAUGGUAAGCAACCAAUUAAGAAUGUGUUUCGUGAAGUUAUGAUUGCAUCUGUAACGUGAUUUUGUCACUUAGGAUAGAUCUAACUGUGAGCUGGUACCAUCACAUCAAAGUUGCUCAUUUUAAGCAACCCAACACCUCAAACAAUUGGAAAGAGAUCCUCUUCUCCUUCGCCAGCACAAUGAACGUGAUCUCAUUUCAAUUAGGUUAUUCACAGCCUCUAUUCCUCUUCACUUCUAACUAACUGAACGCGAUGUGAGAUUCGAAUAAGGGUAGGGCCCUGUUGAUAAAUUCAUCAGUUGGGGGCCUGAGACAAGGCGUGGGGUAGGGAUUGCAGAGCAUGCACUCGCUCAGAUAGACGAUAGACCGAUAGAAAUGAUAGAUCUUGGGUCCAUUGGGCCCAGGUCUAUCGUUUAGCCGGAAGAAGAGGCUGUGGAUAUCGUGGUACCCUUGUGAGAUAAUGUUCUGAUGACAAAAUGAUGAUAGGUGAAAGCCCCUGAAUGGACAUCAGGGAGCCAAUGGUAGUGACAUUAGGCCUUGACUCGCGAAGGAAGGCGAGAUAGCCGGCAUCGAGAAAGCAGCAACGUAUAGGCCACGUUAGGCCUCGUUGAUUUGGCAUAACAAACAUAAAAUGCCUCUGUGCACCAACUAUCCUGGAUAGUAGAGGUUUGGCAAUUUGACCGUAAACUAUCUGACAGCCGCAGAAAGAAGAUACGUUUACUUCUUUCUAGUGGCACGGUUCCUCAUGAGAUCCUGUUCAUAAACAGCCCCAAACAAAGUUUGUAGAAUUUAAUUAACAAAAGGUUUUUUAGGCUUUGAGCUUAUCUGAGGAAUGUAUAUUCUAACGGUUUCUGUCGAGGCCCGUUUUAGCUCGACUGCUUCAGUAAAAGUUGUUUCCAUGCCUCUUAUUAAAACGAAACCUUAGAGAGGAUACAGUGAAAA